GUUGAGACUAAUUCUUUUAAACAUCUGACGCACCUUUCCCUACGCUUCCAGCCAGCGAAUGAUGUAGAAGUUAAGACAUACCUAGCAACAUGCUUAAGAUGUAUUAAGGAAGAAAAAUGUAUAUUACAGCAAACAUUGAAGAAAACAGAGGAAGAUCUGAACCGGCAACUAGUCUGUGCUCAGCAGGCUUUGUCGGAUAAAAUUAAUGAACUGGAAAAAUUGAAAAGUGACUCUUCCGUCAAGAUUUGUGAACUAAACAGCCAGUAUACGACAGAGAUCACAAGUGAAAAAGGAAAAGCUCAUCAGGUGAAAUAAGCAAGCCCCUUUA